AUGGACUCAGAAGAAUCAGCAAAAUCUCCCAAUGUAUUGCCCGACAUUACACUCAUACGCCGAGCAGAAGAGACGCUUCACAGGCAUGUCCCUGAGGUCGGUCUCGGCUUAGAUGCUGUCAAAGAACAUCUGACCAAGGACGUGGCUCCUGCUCUCAACGGAAGCAGCCAAUCGUCUCGCUACUAUGGCUUUGUUACUGGAGGUGCAACUCCUGCUGCCGUCUUCGCCGACAAUAUGGUCACCGAGUACGAUCAAAACGUCCAGGUUCAUCUUCCCAACGAAACCAUAGCUACAGACGUGGAAGCCGCCGCCUUGACCAUGAUCUGUGACCUGGUAGAACUUGAUCCGACACAAUGGACUCACAGGACUUUCACCACAGGAGCUACUGCCGCCAACAUUAUAGGUCUUGCUGUUGCCCGUGAGCAUGUUAUGAGCACUGCUGCAAUGCGUAAUGGUAGAGAUCCAAGGGAAGCCCAUCCGACAGUCUCAUCUCACGGUCUUCAUACUGCUAUGGCAUACGCUGGCAUUGAUGAAAUCCAGAUCCUGACCUCCGCACCUCACAGCUCUCUAAGGAAGGCCGCCUCUAUCAUUGGUCUCGGACAUGCCAGUGUCAAAGAUGUGGGCCAUUACCCUACCGGACCUCAUCGUUUUGAUCUGGAAAAGUUGGAGCAAGCAAUGAAGAAAAGCAGAGUUGCUUCGAUCAUUGUAGUAUCUUGCUCUGAGGUUAACAGUGGCCUUUUCGCUACCUUUACUCAUAAUAUGAUCCGUCUUCGUCAGCUGGCUGAUCAAUUCGGUGCCUGGAUACAUGUAGAUGCAGCGUUCGGUCUACUUGCCCGCAUUCUUCCAGAUAAUGACCCGAUGUACAGAUUCCAGAAAGCCGGUGUUGGAAACCUUGAAUACGCAGACUCGAUAGCCGCGGAUGCACACAAGCUUUUCAAUGUACCCUAUGACUGUGGGAUCUUUCUCUCUCGUCAUUUGAAGACAGGCACCGACGUUUUCCAAAAUCCAGGCGCACCAUACUUGAAUGCCGAGGCUGGGUCCGUACCGUCGCCUCUCAAUAUCGGCAUCGAAAAUUCAAGACGCUUCAGAGCUCUACCCGUGUAUGCCAAUCUACUUGCUCUCGGACGACAGGGCUUCGUAGAUAUGCUCAAACGUCAGAUCAAGCUCGCUCGUAAGAUUGCUGAAUACAUCAACACAAGCGAUGAUUACGAGCUGCUGCCACCCUACCCUCACUCAGAGAUAGGGUGUUAUUUGACCAUUUACAUUAUCGUCUUGUUCAGACUCAAGAACCCCGAGGCAAACAAGACUCUAGUUCAAAGAAUCAACAGCUCGGGCAAGAUAUAUGUUUCGGGGACAGCCUGGGAGUCUCAGCCAGCUUGCAGGUUCGCAAUCUCAAACUGGAAGUCUAGCGUUGAAAAAGAUUGGCCGUUGAUCGAGACGAUAUUGAAGCAAGCUGCUGUCGGCUUCGACUAG